CUCUAUUAUGCCGUUCUUCCACAGCUCACACCAUACUCGCCACCGGCGCCUGUCGUCGCCCACCGCCGUCCAUUGCACAACCAUCAACGUGCCGCUUUACACGACCUGAUUCUAAAGGGAGAAACCCUAGUCCCCAUAGUUUUUUUUUUUUUUUUUUUUUUUUUAUGUUUUCUUUUCACUUGUGCCGCCUACACCCUUGCAUUUGUAUUGGUUUGUCGCAGCCGAUCGCCACUGUCCGCUGAUUUACACCUCACAAGGCUAAGGUUCAAGUUUCUGUAGGGUGUUUGUUCAGUGAGGCGAAAAGGAAAAAAGAAUAAAGGUUUUGCUCUGUACCCAAUUUUGGAAUUUUAUUCUUGUUUUGAUUUUUUUAACGAGGUGGGUAAUGAAAGGAAUGCUAUUAGAAUAGAACUAGUGUAUCAGGGUAUGUUGUUAAUUAUGUAAGGAGAUAAUUUUUUUGUUUUUUGGAGAGUUUUGCUAUAAAUAGAGUGGGCUAGAAGGAUAUGGAGUGAGGCAUUUGGUGAGUGAGUUCGUGAUUUAGUGAAUCAAUUAGGGCUUGAGGAGUAUCUCAAAAGGAGUUCAGCUCCCCUAAUAAUUUGUUUUUAUCUUCUACAUUUCAAUACAUUCUGGUUCUGUUUUGGAUUCUGUCAGAGGUAUCAAAUGUAUCUUGUACUUGUACAAGUCUCCCAUUAACGAAAUGUUAUACAUUUCGUAGGAAAAGAAAGGACUGAUAGUGUUUUUGCUUGUCUGUUGUGAAAUUUCCUAUUUUGUUUCUGAAGAUUGGUCUUCAAUUGGAUUGGAACCACUCCAAAAAGUUUAGAUAAUUCCAUUUGGGAUCAUUCUCUCGAAAAAGUGAGGAUUGAAGUGAAAGUUAUUGCAUUUGAGAUCCUUCUCAAACAGGCCUGGCUUGAUUGCUAUUCAGAGUUCUGAGAAACUACGAAACUCAAAUGCUAGGCAUUUCAUAUGGAGAAGUCCUCCUCCUUAUUGGUGCUACUGCUGCCUUAAUUGGGCCAAAGGAUCUCCCAUUGAUAUCAAGAAUGGCAGGAAGGAUGGCUGGCAGAGCAAUUGGAUAUGUUCAGUUAGCUCGAGGUCAGUUUGACUCUAUGAUGGAACAAACCAAUGCUCGCAAGGUUCACAAGGAAUUGCAAGACACGUUGGCUCAACUUGAUGCUAUUCGCCAUGAAAUUCGAAGCAUUUCAAUCUUGAAUCCUGGGCCAUUGACUCAAAGGCUUGUUGACAACCCUGAGCUCAAAGCAGCUGAUAGUGGUGUAACUAGUAAUUCAGCCGAAGAAAAACCUACUGUGGAGACUACACCAGUUGCUGAGAAAACUGCACCAGCAGCUAGCAUCCUCAAGGUUGCAACUUCACAAAUAUCAAAUGAGCACAGCCGAGCAACUACGUUUGCCAGGUUGGCUGAAUCACCGAACAUAAAGAAUGGAUCCUCUGCCUCGUUGCCAAUUACUACAGAUGUAGAGAAGCUGAAUGACGAGUUUGGACUUCCCGUCUUACCUGUGUCGGCUGAAAAUACUGGGUUGUUACCUAAGCGCCCGGAGGAGUUUAAAGGGUCUGACAUAAUGUUAGAAGCAGUAUUGGAAGCAGAGGUUGCUCACAAUGCAAAAGAAUUUUUCUCAUCUCAUCAAAGUCAAAUGAAACAGGAACAAGAAUGAAAAUUUCAUGAACAUCAUUUUGGUGAAUCAUAGUAUUGAUGAUUGGCCUAUAAAUGAAGUUCAGAAGGUUCAAAAAGCGUACCCCACCUCAGAAGUUGUGGUGUAUCACUGCUCUUAAUCACCUUGGAGAACCACACCCCCAAAAGUCAACUACUGGGGUGGGAGAACCAAGCCACCUACAUACUAAAUUGGACAUCCCAUUCUAACUAAUGUGGAACAAAGGCAGCCUAUACUAUCUUGGUUCCUAACACAAAUGCUACUUGAGGCUUAUGUUUUAAACAGUGCUUUUCCUUAUUUUCAUGGGAGGAUAAGAAUCCUCGUUUUUUUCUCAAUAGCCAUGAUUUUAAGCUGCAAUAACAUCAGCAGGGUAGAUUUGAAACAUUAAUUGCCUUUUUUACUUACCUGUUGUGGUAGAAAUUGAUAUUCUUUUGCAGUUUAUGAAUUUUUAUACUCUAGUUUGUGUUCAAAAUGAAAGAAAUACAAUUAGUCUGAUUGUACACAA